AUGGAACCUAAUGAUCUAACAAAGCAUGCAAAGGGGGUGCUGGCGACUAGGACUGAUGAUUCUAGGUUCUGCCAUGUCAUUGCAGCUUGUGGUGGAGAGUUUGAGGUGAGGGAUGGCCAUGUCAAGUUCCCUGUCACCCUUGGAAAUAUGACUUGUGGGUGUGGGAAAUGGCAAGGAUCAGGGAUCCCUUGCAAGCAUGGGUUAAGGGACAUUUACAACCAGAGACUUGAUCCUAGGGACUUUGUCUCCCCUUUCUACAAGGGGGCUGCUUACAAACUCACUUAUGUAGACCACAUCCACCCCAUGGCUGAUCCAACUCACUUGCCUUCACUAGAUGUGCUAGAAAUUGCACCACCCCAAGGGAAAAGAAAUGCUGGCAGACCACCUAAGCAAAGGAGAAGAGCUGCUCAUGAAGCAAAAAAAAGGAAAGAGGCAUAA